GUGUAGGGACGAUUCAGAUUAAAUGUAUUGUACAUUAUUGAGGACCUUGGUGCAUCGUGUAAAAAUUCGCAGAGAACGUAAGCUCAUCACGAUUUGUAAGAGUUAUGAGUGGUAUUACGAUUAUGUUGCCAAUUCGUGCAUUUAUGCGAGUGUUUCUCUUGUGCAUCUGCAUGUCGCUGCUCUUGUUAUUCCUAUACAUAACGUAUUUUGGUAGUGAAAUCGACAGACCUGGACUUCUUCGAGUGGCGAUCGGUACAAAUGACUCAAUGAAUGAUACCGACAAAUGGAAAAGAAUUUCGGUCAUCAAAGGCAUCAAAAAUAUUUUACUAUGGAAUGAAUUGUGGGGCUAUAGAUUUGGAUUGGGGAAAGCGGCAUUUCUAAACUCCGGUUGUCGGGUUGACAACUGUUUCAUCACUAACAAUGCCAGUCUAAUGCCGCACGAAAAUUUCGACGCUAUUCUCAUCCAUCCGCCGACACAGAAAACUCCAAAAGAAUUCACAAAUCGACGACCCGAUCAAAUAUUUGUGAUGUUUUCCAACGAGCCACCCGAUCACAUGCCAUCAGAGUUGAAGUCAUUCGAUAACUACUUCAAUUGGACCAUGACCUAUCGAAGCGGAUCAGAUUUCCAUCUCAAGUAUGGUGAAAUAAUUCCUCUGGAUACUGCGCCAAAAACAGAAACUGAGGCAACAACCAUGCGAGAACAAAUGGUUCAUUUUGGCAUGAAUCCGGCUCUUGGAAAGACGAAAUUGGCCAUUUGGUUGGUAUCCAACUGUUACGCCAGAAGCAACAGACAAGGAUACGUCAAAGUGUUGAAAAACUACAUGGAUGUGGACAUUUUCAGUAAAGAUGGCCAAUGCGGAGGUGAGGAUCGUUGUCCACGUAGUCAGAACGAAGACGUUUGCUACGACAUGAUUGAGAAAACGUACAAGUUUUACUUUUCAUUCGAGAACUCGAUCUGCGAGGAGUACGUCACGGAAAAGUUCUUUGAAAUGAUGGGCAGGAACAUUGUGCCCGUCGUGCUGGGCGGGGCCAAUUACAGCGCCAUCGCUCCUCCGCAUUCUUACAUCAGUGCUUUAGAUUAUACUCCCAAACAGCUGGCCAAAUAUUUGAAGGAACUCGACAGCAAUGACACUUUGUACGCAGAGUAUUUCUGGUGGAAACCACACUACACCGUUCGCAACCUCUACGGAACAAGCAGACAGACAUUCUGCGACUUGUGCGAAGCCCUUCACUCAACACCUCUGAAAAGGGGAACAGUCAACGGUUUAGAAAAGUGGUACAUGAAGGAAUCCCAUUGUGCGAACAUGCCAAUAAUAAUAAGGAACUAAACUAACUACCGAAAAAGAUGCUUCCCUAAAUAUCCACUGCAGAAGACUCACGGCAGAUCCCGUAAAACGUAUGUACUGAAAUCAACACAUAAAGGAUGAAGUUAAAAUGUUAUUUCAUUGAAACCUAAAAAGUUUAUUAUUUCUUUUUCUGCAACUUCAUAAAGUUGGAAUAAACAAUUGAGAUUUCUA